AUGCUCUUGGGCAUCCCGCGUGUCUUCGGGGGCACCGGGCGCGCAAAGAAGACGGAGACCGUUGUGGAGGUGCCCGUCGCCCCGCCGCCGCCACCAGAAGCCGACAAAAAUCCCAUCCAAUGGGCCAAGGCGCACCCGCUGCAGGUCGCUCUCUUCGUGUCUGCCAUCAUACAGGCCGUGCGGGCGGUGAAGGGCGUUAGCGGGGAGUUGGAGGCGAAGAAUGCGGAGUUGGCGGCGAAGGCGGAGAACGAUGGUAGCGUGAGUAUAGCGGAUAAGGUAAAGACCACGAACAGUGGUUUUGCGGGAGGGAGCAAGGCAGGGAAUGGGGGGAGCAUGCAGCGGGCCGUGCCGCUGCGCCAUGAAUCGACGGAGGAGGCGCUUGACUUGCUUGGGAAUACGGCGCGCAAGUAUAUUAUUGUGGGUGGGAAGGGGGGAGUGGGGAAGACGUCGAUGUCGGCGGCGGUGGCGACUGCGUUUGCGGACAGGGGGCAGACGACGCUAAUUGUGUCUACGGAUCCGGCACAUAGUUUGUCGGACGCUUUUGGGCAGAAUAUGUCAGGUGGGGAUCCGGUGCCCGUGAUGGGGAUCGACAAUUUGUACGCGCAGGAGGUGGAUCCAGACUCGAUGAAGAGGACGUUUAAGAUGAUGGAGCAGAUGGGCGGCGGAGAUAAGGCGCUGGCUUCGAUGGGGAUGGAGGAUAUGGGGCUGGAUGAUUUGAACUCUCUUUUUGACACGAUCCCUCCUGGGUUUGACGAGGCGGUGGCGCUGGUGGAGAUUGUCAAGUACAUUCAAGGGGACGCGGCGUAUUCGAGGUUUGAACGGAUCGUGUUUGACACAGCGCCAACGGGGCAUACACUGAGACUGUUGGCGCUGCCGGACUUUCUCAACGGCUUUUUCGGAAAGAUUAUCUCAAUGAAGAGCAAGUUGGGGAAUGUGAUGAAGCAGUUCAAGGGGAUGUUUGGCGGAGGAGAUCCGGAUGCGGAAUUGAACGCAUCUGUGGAGGACAUGGAGGAGCUGAAGCGGUCUAUGGGGAUGGUGCGGGAUCUUUUCCGGGACGAAAUCCAGACGGAAUUCGUGGUGGCGACGAUCCCGAACAUGAUGGCUAUCGCCGAGUCAAAGCGGCUGGUGGAGGAGCUUGCCAAAGAGAAGAUUCCGGUUCGACAUAUGUUUGUGAAUCAAGUGCAACCUGAGAACGACGAUUGUACGUUUUGCGCGGCGCGAUUCAAGGAGCAGGCAGGGAACUUGCGGGCUAUCGACAGGACGUUUGACGGGCUGCUGAUUGCAAAGGUGCAAAUGUUUGACAAGGAGAUCAAGGGAGCGGCGGCGCUGCGGACGAUGAGCGGACAACUGUUUCCGAAAGCGGCGAUAACUGGGGGGGAGGAAACCACUGAGAGGGAGGCAGUGGCGGAGUCGGGGAUGGAGCCGAAUGAUGGCGGAUCAACGAAGGCGAAGGCCGAGCUGGUGGAUUGAGGUCAAGUUGAUUUACAGUACAAGGGUCGGGUAGAGUGUACAGUAAACAAAGCAGGUUUUGUGUAAGCA